AUGGCGACUCCCAUGCAUCGACUCCUCGCCCAGAGACCAGCCAUUGGAGAAGCGAAUGUAGAUAGAAAGACGAAGAAAAAAAGGUCUAAGAGCGUAACCAGCUCCAGUAGCAACAGCAGUGCCAGGUCAGCCAGUGAUUCUUCAUCAGAGAGUGAAGAAACAUCUACCUCAUCCUCCUCUGAGGACAGUGACACUGAUGAAAGCUCCUCCAGUUCCUCGCCUUCAGCCUCCUCCACAAGCUCUUCCUCAUCCUCUGAUUCGGACUCAGAUUCCAGCUCUUCCAGUAGAAGCAGCACCAGCACGGAGAGCAGCUCCGAAGAUGAACCACCAAAAAAGAAGCAAAAGAAACAGAAUCGCUCUGUCUGCAUUGGACUGAUGGACCAUGAACUUGAAUCUGAUUCUCAAAAGGGAUUUUAG